AGAAUGUAAAAAAAAACUGGUACACACACGUCACUCUUUUUUCAUAGAAAAUUUAAAUCAAAAACUAAAGACGUAUAGAGAUCAAAAAGGUCCAUCUAAUCAAACAGAUCAAUUGCAGUGAUUAAUAGACAUCUUGUAUAAAACCAUGAACUUUCUUCGUAGAAGGAGAAACUCAGAAGAUGAAGAUGAUGAGGAUGAUAAUAUCGCUUUAGGAAAUACCAAUUCGAAUAUACAUAAAUCAAGAAAACCUCCAAACACAGCCUUCAGACAACAACGAUUGAAAGCAUGGCAACCAAUCUUAACUCCCAAAUCAGUCAUACCAUUAUUAUUCAUCAUAGCUAUCAUAUUCACUCCAUUGGGGAUUAGUAUAUUGUAUACCACCUAUAAUGUUGAACUUGUUUCGGUGGACUAUUCUAAAUGUAAUGAAUUAGCUACCGAUACAUUUGCAUCGAUUCCUUCAAGUUAUACUAAUUAUCAUUUCAGAAGUAAGAAUACUGAUCCUGAAUUCCAAUGGAAAAUCACUAAUUCAACUGAUUCAUUUGGAGAUUUGGCUCAAACUUGUCAAAUUCAAUUCUCAUUACCAGUAGAUUUGAAUCCUCCAAUUUUCUUAUACUAUAAAUUAACUAAUUUUUAUCAAAAUCAUCGUAAAUAUGUUAGUUCAUAUGAUAUCCAACAAUUAAGAGGAAAUGCGGUUCCAGCGGGAUCCAUUACAGAUUAUUGUAAACCAUUAUUACAUCUUGGUGAAGGAGAUGAUCAAAAAUUGAUUUAUCCAUGUGGAUUAAUUGCUAAUUCUUAUUUUAAUGAUACAUUUUCAAGUCCAGUAUUAUUAAAUGCUAAAAAUGGAGAUAAUAAUGAAACUUAUGAAUUAACCAAUGUGGGGAUUUCUUGGGCUUCUGAUAUUCAACAUAAAUUCGCUACUACUAAAUAUACUCCUGAUCAAGUGGUUCCACCUCCAAAUUGGUAUAAAAUGUUUCCGGAAGGUUAUAAUGAAACCAAUAUGCCUGAUUUACAUACUUGGGAACUUUUACAGAAUUGGAUGAGAACAGCUGGUUUACCUACAUUUUAUAAACUUUAUGGUAAGAAUCAAACUGAAGUUUUAACUUCAGGUACUUAUGAAAUCUCAAUUGGUUUAAAUUAUCCAGUAAGUAUAUUUGGAGGGACUAAAAGUGUCGUUAUCACUACUAAUUCUAUAUUUGGAGGUCGUAAUUUAAGUUUAGGAAUCAUCUAUAUCAUAAUUGCCAUAAUAGCCUUGGUAUUAGGAGUUGCAUUCCUUAUUCAACAUUUAAUUAAACCAAGAAGAAUAGGUGAUCAUAACUUCCUUCAAGGUAAUAAUAAUGCCUUUGCUGGAUCAUCUGGAGUCACUAACUUCAGAGAUCAAUUGUAAUUAUAAAGAAAAUACACCUAACCAGCCAACA